CUGCGACUGAUUCUCCUCAUCUCUUUAUUGCCUCUUUCAAGUUUCAAGGUCUGUUCUAGUUUGAAACUGAUUGACGAUGGAGGAGAGCCACAUGCAUAAAAAACUUGCUCUUACUGCAGCGGUGGAUGUUAUCGCUGGAAAUGCGGACCUCUUAUAUGAAAUUCUACUUUGUUUGCCGGCAAGAUCUCUCAUCAGGUUCAGUAUAGUAUGCAAGCUUUGGUUCUCAAUCAUUACCAGUAUGCAAUUUAGGCUUAGUCACUGCCGUACUCUUGCAUUUUCUAACGCUCUCCCCCUUUCCGGGAUUUACUUCUAUAACUGUCUAACCAAUCUCCAAAAGAUUGAAUCCCUUGCACUCGCUGAUAAUGUAACUAGCCUCCCUCCUCUUCAAUUCCUUGACCAAUUCAAUCUAAGCAUAGGAUCUGCAGACGACGUUACUGAAUUCAAGGUUACACAAUCUUGCAACGGCCUGUUAAUGUGCAUAUUCACCGUGAGAAGUCAUGUAGGUACUAUCAAACGUGGUAUUGUUUACAAUCCCGCAAAUAAAGAGGUCCUUCUAUUGCCGACCCCCUAUAAGAAGUAUGAUGGAUGCAUUUGUUAUAAUCUGAUAUCUGAUCCUUCAGAACCACCUUAUUACAAAGCCUUGUGUGUUACUCGUCUCGGUGGCUGGUAUUCUAAUAUCGAUGUGAGUGUGUACGUGCCAGGGAGUAACUCUUGGAGAUCUUAUUGUCGUGUUGCCGCACACGAUAUGUGCUAUGACAGUGGAGUAUUUUGGAAUGGUGCUAUUCACUGGAUCGGUGAAUUUUCCUCCAUUUACUUUGAUGUUAAUUCAGAGAAAGUUGCAAUGAUAAGAAUGCCACCAAGACCUCAGGGUUAUUGUAGCGAAAAGAUUAGGUAUUUUGGGGAAUGGGGUGGCCAUUUGUAUCUUAUUCAGGUUCAGAGCCUAUACGCCAAGAAAUUCAAUGUGCUCGAAUUAGAUAAAGAUACCUGGAAGUGGUCAGUUAAGUAUCGUGUUCAUCUUGCUCGGUUAAUUUCAGCAUUUCCUGAGAUGGUUCAGCAGACAUCAUCUGGCACACGAUAUGCAUUUUCCAUUUUGUCUGUGAUUCGAGGGGAGAACGAAGAAGAUUCAGUCCUUUUGCUAACUAUUCCCGGGAAGGUGGUCGCCUACAACUUAGUGCGUAAAACUGCUAAAGUAGUCCGCGAAUUGCCUGGUGAAGUAGCUAAUACUUUACACUUUAAUCAUGUCAGCGCUUAUCAGUAUACUGAGAGUUUAUUUCCGGUACAAAAGUGGAAUAUUAUUCCAAAAUAGUGCUCUUAUCUCUUAUCAGCGACUUGCAAGGACUUUUUCUGAAUUUCUUCUGGAAAAGGUUAUCUCUUAGGUACUUCAAGUGAAUAUUUCUUCAAAUAAGCUUGAAAAGUAGAUAUAAAAUCCCAGCUCUUGUAGUUUUUUGGGAGUUUCAGUACAAAUGUUAUAGUGGAACCUUUACUGAAAAAUGAUUUCAGUGUUUUAUCUGUACAUACUGAUUUUUUGUUCAACUCUUUGGUUUUUUAGUUUUAUUUACACUCA